AUGAACGAUGAUAAAUUGAUCAAAAAACCAAAAGAGAAACAAGUUAGAAAAGAUCAAUCCUCAUCGAACCUUUUCGUGGGGACAAAAGAAGACAAAAAGAAAAAGAAAACUCAAGUUUCUCGUUUAGAAAUUGGAGUUCCAGAUCCUAUAGAAGAGCAACAAAAAGUGCUUGGACGUCCAACUCCAUGUACUGUACUUGCUGUCAGUACAACACUUUUCAUCCUGAUAAUUCUGAUAAUUUCUCUUGGACAAUUGGGAUUUCAUAGUGAAGAGGAUUUCAAAUGGACACCAGCACUAAACUAUCAUCAAAGAAAGCGUCUGGACCAACCGUGUGAAACUAUUGAAUGUGUCAAAUAUUCUGCUUCUUUGCUUGAAUCAAUGAAUUCCUCGAUUGAUCCAUGUGAAAACUUCCAUGAACAUGUCUGCUCUGGUUUCACUCCAAAGAAGAGAAACUUUGAUAGACUUCUGUCGUUAAUCAUUGCUCAUCAGGAUACAGAUCAUGACAAAGCGGUGAAUAUUGUACGAAAAAUGCUGAGCAAGUGUGCAUUAGGAGAAUCGACUCAGCCGAGGGAGAAUCUUAGCACAAUUAUCCCUGAUGGAAUCCCAUUUCCAAUUCUCUCCAUCAAUUGGACGUCGUCUCAAAACGCUUCUGAUGCAUCGAACUCCACUCAUUCAGAUCUGACUCAAAUACUGAUUCAUAUCAUCAAGCAUACCUCAGAUGACGCAGGAAUAAUUGGAAUCACUCCAUCAACGGAUUCAGAAUUCACGAUGUUUACUGUCAAACCGAAUUCUCCUUCCCUGACUUUAUAUCAGUUCCGAAACGUUUUGGAUAUUCUGAAAAGAAGUGUACCAGAGAGUAUCUCAAACACAACACAAUACAAGGAAAUGGAUUAUCAGAAGAAGUUGAACGAUGUCGUUAAUCUUCAGAAACAAUUGGAAGAGAUAGAAUUCGCUGCAAAUCCAGAUGUCCUUCCACUGGCCUUCAUGCAAGAACAACUUCCGAUUAUUGAUUGGGGAUUGCUAAUGGACUCAUGGUAUCCGAAUGGAAGGCUUACAUUCAAUGAAAAAGUUUUUGGAUUCAACACCACUUAUUACAGAAAAAUCAAUGAGCUUCUGAUUUCGACACCUUCUGAAACUCUGUACAACCUUCUUCUUCUUCGGUUUUCCUUUAAAUUUUUGCGAGCAGAACUGUCUUCAGAACUGGAGGAUACGUGUCUUCUUCAAGUUUCUCGGACUGUCCCUGGAAAAAUAGUCUUACAUGGAUCGGCUGAACCGAAAGCGACGGAAUUAUUUGAUCAGAUGCGUCAAACGAUUCAUAAUCAUUUGCGAAAUUCUCUGACUUCUCUAAAAUGGAUGGAUGAGAGAGGAAUCAAAGAAGCGCAGAGGAAGUUGAACAGAACAAAGACGUUUUUCGGAUUUAAUGGAGAAGAUUUGAUUGAUGAAUUGGAUAUAUCAUAUGGUUACAGUUAUAUAUCAACACUUUGUCGAGUUUUAGUAUGGCAAACGAAGAAUAUGUUCAGAGCGAUCGCUGAAAAUACAGUAAACAUAUUUUUGAAUGCCGAGGUGUUUUAUUCGGUUGAAAGGAAUGAGAUAAGUGAGAUCGUAUUUGAAAAUAAAAUAAUCAUUCCUCAGCUGAUCCAUAUUUUUGAUGAGCGUGGAAGAUUUUAUGAUUCAAAAGGAGUGCAUCGAGAUUGGUGGAAUACGGAAACGGAGAGAUAUUUCAUGCUCAUUAAACUAUGCUUUAUGAAAAUGCAGCAAAACGUUCUUGGAGCGAGUGUUAGUGUUGGAUGGAAUGCAUAUCAUUCGACAACAGAACCAUAUGAAGUACUACCUGGAAUGAAUAAAACUGAUGCCCAACUAUUUUUCUAUAGUCUUGUGAAAACAAUGUGUAAUUCCAAUUCAGUAAAAAUCAACGAUGCUCUUGAGAGUGUUCCCGAGUUCAAAAGUGCUUUCCACUGCCAAAAUGGCACUGUAAUGAAUCCGACGACAAAAUGUAGGAUGGCUGCUUGA